AUGGUUACCAAGUCCUCCUCGGCGGUGGUAAUUCACGCCGGCGAGCACCUGUUCAAGGUCAUCGGCCACUCCACGAUCACGGGCAAGAUUACGCUCACUUCCGACACUUUCCGCGUUGCUGACCACGACUGGGCUAUCCUGUACUACCCGAACGGCGACGCUAGGGUCGUCGACGAUCAGUUCAGUUCGAUUUUCCUUAAGCUGGUGAACGCCGGCGAGGAUGAGAUCACGGUCUGCUAUUCCUUCUGUCUCCAGGACCCCGCUGCGCCGGCGACAGGGGAAAAGCACAUAUACCAAAGCGGAUCCCAGAAGUUCUCAUCCACAAAUUCGGCCUGGGGUAGGAGCAAUUUUGUGAGUAAAGCCGAUUUGUCCGGGUGCCUCGACGAUGGCUGCCUAGUGAUCAAGUGCACCGUCGAGGUCCCAAGACUGAUGGACGACCGACAGGAGGGCGAUGAUAACGACGGCGUCAUCGUGCCGCCCGCAGACCUAAGCAAAGAUCUGGCUAAUCUUCUAGACAGCGGGCUCAAGGCGGACCUGACCGUCAAGAUUGGUUGGUUCAAGAGAUUCAAGGUGCACGCGUGCGUGCUCGCUGCGCGAUCGCCCGUCUUCCGAGCCCAGCUGUGCGGCGCCAUGAUGGAGAGCAGAGAAAGCAGCAUCCGCAUCGAGGACGUGGAUGCCAAGGUUUUCGAGAUCCUGCUGCAUUACGUGUACAAUGAUCGUCUGCCGGAGUCUAUGGACGAGACAACGGAGGAGACCACAAACAUGGCGCAACAUUUGCUUAUCGCGGCCGAUCGUUACGCAAUGGAAAGGCUAAAGCUGAUAUGCGAGAGCAGGCUGAGCAAGGCGCUGGAUAUCAACACGGUGGGUUUCACCUUGGAUCUUGCAGAGCAAUACCAUUGUCAGCAGCUCAAGGAUUGUUGUCUCAGGUAUAUGACAAGAAACAGCAAGAGAUUACAAGAAAUCAUAAACAGCGAGGGGUUUGCUCAACUAACGCGAAACCACCCACAGGCCGCAUUCGAUAUUCUUGGACAAGUUAUUGCCUUACUGGCAACUUAG